AUGUCUGUCGACAAAAAAGAUCCGCCCAAAGAAGAAACCGAAGAGUCAAUGGGGUCAAGCCCGGAGGGAGAGGUUCCCGCUGCGCCGCCGCAGCAACAAACCGAAAAUCAACAACCUAAACGAAAAGGGGGUCGCAAGCCGAUCUAUGCAACAUCGGAAGAGAGAAAGCAAAGGAACCGCCAGGCACAGGCGGCCUUUCGAGAGCGUCGGACGGAGUACAUUAAGCAACUCGAAGAGGCCAUCCGAACUCACGAGCAGAACCUGGCCAACCUUCAGGCUGCUCACCGCCAUGCCGCAGAUGAAUGUCUCAUGUUGCGUUAUAAGAACUCGCUGCUAGAGCGCAUCCUUCUUGAAAAAGGCAUUGAUGUGCAGGCCGAACUUCGCGCCAAAACCGGAAGCCCAAAUCUUGGCCCGACUCAUGUGCCUCAGAACUUGGUGCAACCGCCGCCAAUUCAACGGACCGUGUUGAACAGACACCACGCUCGCAGGUCGGCGUCGGGCAUUGCGCCCAAAAUUGAGCCCGGCGUCCCCGUGUCUCCGUUGCCGCCCCCGAUGCAAUCCCAUUCUUCGGCCCUGUCACCUAAGAACCGACCUACCCCGUCGUCUCAUUCAGCCUCGCCAACAGGGACGGCGUCCUUUGGUUCCCAGCACGCCCCGUCACCCGCUGGCUCCGACCACGUGAAUGGACAGGUUCGGCAAUCGAUGACGCCCAUGACGGGGAUGAAACCAGGGCCAUCUCACCUUAGCCCUGCUCAUGGCCUCCCAGGACCUCGACAAAUGCAGGUCCCCGGUCUUCAACAACACGGGACCAACAGCGGGCGAGGAGGUGUCGCCGGGACUUCGGCUCCAUUUUAUCCAUCACCCUCCUUCCAGAAUCAUAUCGAGCAGCUCGGCAAGUUGGCCCAGCAAGAAUACGAUGCUGCUGCCGAUAUGAUGGACGAUCCUGGCGAUACCCCGGAUACCCCAAGCGGACCUGGUCCUUAUCCUGGUCCUCCGUAUACCGGCGAGUCACAACCACUCUCGCUGUCGUCGCCGGUUACGACAGGACCACCUGGAAACCAGCCCCUUGCCGGGCAGUCACCGAUCGAAAACGCCGCUCAUACGCAGAAUGCGACGUACCCUUCCAUGACUCAGCUGCUAGACCCGAACUACGAUUUCGAUCCAUUUGGUUUGAGCGCAAGCAUGGCGUUCCCCACCCAAUUCUCGUUCGAUACCAGCAACAUGAGAUAG